AUCUCUUGGCAUUUAGUCAUCCCAAGUCAGUCAAAAGAAACAGUUCUCUUCAAGAAAACUCAAAAUGCAAAUGUUUUUUAUUAUCUGCUUAAUAUUCAUCCCAUUCGGUUGUGAUUCGGCAUUAAAAGAUGCAAACUGCGGUCUUAGUUAUCGUGGCGUCGGACUAUGCAAAAUGUUAAUUACAAAAAUUGUUUAUAUACCUAUUGAAAACAAGUGCAGGGUCGUGCACAUAACUGGAUGUUCAGCUACAGGAACUUUCUUCAGCAGCGUAAAAGCUUGCGAAGCUAAGUGCAAGAAGUAAUAGUAUUCACAAUAUCUCACUUUGUUUAAAAUAAAAAAAACUAAACUCAA